GAAUCUCUUGGAAAAGAUGGUACUGGAAACUCUGAAUCCAAUGCACUACAUCACCAGCCUGGUACCAGAUGUGAUGCCAGUGGCCACAGUGCCCAUACUCCUCCUCAUAUGCUUUCUAUUUCUAAUAUGGAAUCAAGAAGAAACAUCAUCAAUACCAGGGCCUGGAUACUGUAUGGGAAUUGGUCCACUCCUUUCACAUGGCAGAUUUCUCUGGAUGGGAGUAGGUAAUGCCUGCAACUACUACAAUAAGACAUACGGAGAAUUUGUAAGAGUUUGGAUCAGCGGUGAAGAAACAUUUAUAAUUAGCAAAUCCUCAAGUGUGUUCCAUGUAAUGAAACAUUGGCACUAUGUUUCUCGAUUUGGAAGCAAGCUUGGAUUACAAUGCAUUGGCAUGUAUGAAAAUGGGAUAAUAUUUAAUAACAACCCAGCACACUGGAAAGAAAUUCGACCCUUUUUCACCAAAGCUCUAUCUGGUCCUGGUCUUGUGCGUAUGAUAGCGAUUUGUGUUGAAUCAACAACUGAUCACCUGGACAAGCUGGAGGAGGUGACCACUGAAAUGGGAAACAUCAACGUGUUGAAUCUUAUGAGACGGAUCAUGCUUGACACAUCUAACAAGCUCUUUCUAGGGAUCCCUUUGGAUGAAAGUGCCUUCGUGCUUAAGAUUCAGAACUACUUUGAUGCUUGGCAAGCACUUUUAUUAAAGCCUGAUAUCUUUUUUAAGAUUUCUUGGCUGUGCAAGAAAUACGAAGAGGCAGUCAAGGAUUUGAAAGGAGCAAUGGAAAUCUUAAUAGAACAGAAACGACAAAAGCUCUCCACUGUUGAAAAGUUAGACGAUCACAUGGACUUUGCAUCCCAGCUGAUUUUUGCACAGAACCGAGGAGAUCUGACUGCCGAGAAUGUGAACCAGUGUGUACUGGAGAUGAUGAUUGCUGCUCCUGACACUCUGUCCGUGACGCUCUUCUUUAUGCUAAUACUAAUUGCAGAGCACCCUGCAGUGGAAGACGAGAUGAUAAGAGAAAUUGAAACUGUUAUGGGUGACAGAGACAUACAGAGUGAUGACAUGCCAAACUUAAAAAUUGUGGAGAAUUUUAUUUAUGAGAGCAUGAGAUACCAGCCAGUUGUGGACUUGAUCAUGCGAAAAGCUUUACAAGACGAUGUAAUUGAUGGUUAUCCUGUGAAAAAGGGAACAAACAUUAUUCUCAAUAUUGGACGUAUGCAUAAGCUUGAAUUCUUCCCAAAGCCAAAUGAGUUUUCUCUUGAAAAUUUUGAGAAGAACGUUCCUUCACGCUAUUUCCAACCUUUUGGAUUUGGCCCUCGGGGCUGUGUAGGAAAGUUUAUUGCCAUGGUAAUGAUGAAAGCGAUUCUGGUAACUCUUCUGAGACGGUGCAGAGUACAGACAAUGAAAGGAAGAGGCCUUAAGAACAUCCAGAAAAACAAUGACUUAUCCAUGCACCCAAAAGAAAGACAGCCUUUGCUGGAAAUGGUUUUCACACAAGAAGAAGCACAAACAAGAAUCAGGAUGUCUAAAAUAGAUCAUCAGCAGGGUGAAAGCUACAGGGCUUUCUCAGCCACCGCCAGAUUAAGAAAUGCUCAUCUUUCCUAG